CACCAAACAUUUUGUACAUCUCCUAAAAAGAGAGAGGUGUAUGUAGAUCAUACACACCUUGACAGCCUUGACAUACACCGUAAACAGCGUAAACAAGAGAACCAUAAAUUAGCUGUUCAAUCCGCAAUUGUUUUGAUAAAAGAAGCUGACACUGAAUGCCCAAAGAAUGUCUGUAAGAUUCGCCAAUGUCGAUGACCCAGCUGCAGCCGCAUCUUCCCAACAUGAUUACGUGAUUCCAACGAAAUGCGUUAAAAAUAUGGGCGAUAUGGCUAUGUGGGAAAAAUCGGAGGCAUACUACGACAUCGUCGGCUUUAUCAACUCCAUCAGCAAUGCGGUCCAAGGAAUCAAAAAUACCGUCUACCUCGAACAGAUCCCGGUUGUGCAGAAAUUACUCGAAUUGUUUGAAAAAUUGUCGAAAAUGGUCGACGACACACCGCCCAUAGAUCAGCCGCAACGGUUCGGCAACAAGGCGUACCGAGAUUGGUUCGAAAAAAUGAAAACGAGUGCCAAGGAUCUGUUAGAAGAUGUACUGCCCGAAGAACUCCAUCCAGCCAUCGUCGAAAUUGGUGUCUACUUUACGGAAUCGUUUGGAAAUUCAACCCGGAUCGAUUAUGGUACCGGACACGAAUUGUCGUUCAUUAUGUUCCUGUGCUGCUUGUUCAAAAUCGGCGCGUUGACAGAAUUGGACAAAACAGUCACCGGAGUGAAGAUAUUCAACUCUUACCUCAUUUUUGUGCGAAAACUUCAACUAACUUAUCGUAUGGAACCGGCUGGAAGUCACGGUGUGUGGAGUCUGGACGAUUUUCAAUUUGUUCCGUUCAUAUGGGGCAGUGCUCAGUUCGCUGUCGAUAGCCCGAUUCGACCGAAUCAGUUUCUCGAGGAAAAAAUCAUCAAAGACUACAAGGAUCACUACAUGUUCAUCAGUUGCAUUGACUACAUUAACAAGGUGAAAAUUGGAAAUUUUGCUGAACAUUCGAAUCAGCUGUGGGGCAUCAGUUCAGUUCCUACAUGGACGAAAAUCAAUUCCGGUCUCGUCAAAAUGUAUCAGAAAGAGCUGCUAGGAAAGUUUCCCGUCGUUCAACAUAUCGUCUUCGGUUCGUUGAUGCAAUUCAAAUCUGUGCCACCAGGUAAGCAAUUGCCAUCGGCCAGGCUAGGAAUGCUAGCACCGAACUAAAUGUAUCGUAUGCCUACGGUUUGAUUUGAGUUUUUUUAUCCAUUGAAAUUCUGUUGUACAGUUUUCAUAUUCUUUAAAAUACACAAUUUUUCACGUUAUUAGAAAAAAA